AUCCACUUUUACGUAACGAAAAACGAUAGUUGUCAAAAUUAGACAGAUAAUCGGCUGCAAAAAUAAAAUUAUGACUUCUUAUCCAAUUCCAAAAUAAAAACAAACUCCUCAUAGUCUCCCAGGAAUUUCUAAAUUAUGCUUAGACAAAAUAACACAAGAUUAGUCAAAAACGUCGUGAGAAUGUUGCACAACUCGUCCGUGGCUUAUGCUAACCAUUAUGAAGUCCUAGGAGUCACACCAAGGUCUACACAGAAUGAUAUAAAGUCAGCAUAUUACAAAUUGUCAAAAUUAUAUCACCCAGACAGAUCAAGCGAUGAUGCAUCAGCUAAGAAAUUUCGAGCAAUAUCAGAGGCAUAUGAAGUAUUAGGAAAUGUAAAAUUGAAGAAAAUGUAUGACAAGGGUUUAUUGACACGAGAGAGUCCCCACAGUCACACAGACUACCGCCCUGAGCCUGAACCAACAGACCCUACCCUAAAGUUCUACAAGUCCAGAGCUUCAAGACACGUCACUCCUACUAUGGAUGGGAAAGUACCAAUUUACGACUUUGAUGCCUGGUCAAAAAACCAUUAUGGAGAUGUGUUCAAAAAAUCACAAUAUGAUAAAGAAAUGUUGAGGAAGAAACGGGAGAAGCAAAUGGAUGCAGUGCAUUCCAACCGUCAAGAGGCGACUAUUUAUAUUCUGUUUGCACUCACAGGGCUCUUCUUCGCACUGGUGCUCCGCGGGCAGUCAGAUUAUGAUGUGGACAGGACGCGCAAAAUAGAAACUAUACAAAGUAGCACCGAGGACAAAACUGAGUCUUCAUAGUACAAUUUAAUAUUAUUGUAUUAAAUUUUAGUUCAUACGGGUUAUAAAGUAAUAUGGAAUAAAUUAUUUCAAAUCAUAUGCUCUUGUUGUAGAAAAACUGGGCUGCAGGAAAUAAGAUCCUAUUUGCGUUAGCAAUAAAGCCCACUGCCACAAUCAGUGACAACCGCCUGUACCUCUCCACACAAGGCCAUUUAUGAGUUUAGUUGCGAAACUAAAUUCGAUAAAAUGGCGUUUAUUAACAUUUAUACAUCAUGUACAGUCGACGUUAAAGAUAUGUUUACAUUUUUUCACCUUAUUACAAAAUACAAAGGAGUAAGGUCUAAACGUGUAAACAUAUUUUUGACGUCGAUUGUACUAACGUGUAAAACUUUUUUUCGUGGUUUUAUUUCUCGUAAUCAAUAGUAAUUUAUUUCAUAUAAUUGUAGUGUUGUUAAACAAUUUUUAGUCCAAAUUUUAGCACUAAUGUGAUAGUUCUUGAUUGUUAUUGUUUGUUUCAAUUUAAUGAUAAAAGUGCUUUGUAUAUAUUGUACAUAUCUACAAUAACUUUAAAUAACAUGUGAUACGUCAUACCACGACGCGUGUAAAGGUUGGCCGAUUGCCUAAAUCAUGUGAGGAGAUAAUGUAAAUGACUAGAAAAUACAAUAAUUAUUUAAAGUU